CGCCGCCUGCAGUGGAGCUGCGGCUGCUGCCCGAGUGCCGGGUUCCGGAGGAGCGGCAGUACGUUAGGCGCAGGCUUCAGCAGGGCCUUGCCUCCCUGCCCGGGAGAUCGCCGCGCCGGACCCCGUCCUUGCGAUGGGGGACAGGCUGCUGCCCACAUUCCUCCCUGUGGACAAGGACCCUGGCUUACUGCGGCUGCGCUUCACCACCCUGGCCGUCGCCACGGUGACCUGCCCGCUCUUUGGUUUCCUGUUUUGCGUCGCCUGGUCUCUGCUGUUUAACUUUGAAGAGACAACGGCAACUCACUGUAGGGUGCCCAACUACCUGCCGUCGAUCAGCGCUGCCAUCGGUGGGGAGACACCCCAGCGCUAUGUGUGGAGGUUCUGCAUUGGACUGCACUCAGCUCCCCGGCUGCUUGUGGCCCUGGCUUACUGGAGCCACUACUGCCGGUCCUGUGCGCCCACGGUCUGGUACGGCUCCCUCUGCCUCAUCAACCUCGCCUCCAACCUGCUGGAGAACCUGGCACUGCUGCUGCUAACUUACGUCUCAUCCAGCGAGAAUCACUGGGUUCAUGAGAAAGCUUUCAUCACCUUCAUGGCAUCGUCCAUGCUGCACAUGUUCCUCACGUGCCUCAUCUGGCACCACAGCAAGAAAAGCACAGUAAGUCCUGAGGAGCGGACGUCAUUCCAGUGGAAAAUCAGACUCUUUGUCUUCAACCUGUUCUCAUUCCUUCUGGCGGUCGGCUGUUACCUGCGACACAAUGCUUACUGUGAGAGCGGAGUUUACACUGUCUUCUCCUUCCUGGAGUACCUGGUGGUUCUGUCGAACAUAGCCUUCCAUAUGACAGCUUACUGGGACUUCGGGAACAAGGAGCUGCUGAUCGGGACCCUCCCUGCGGACAAAAGAGUCUAAGCGAGGCCUAGGAUCCUGGCUGGGGGUUGGGCACAUAGGCCAAUCCGAGUCACCACACAGGCAUCAUCUCCGUGUGUCGGGAGGUUCACCCGUUAGCAGCGGGGUGAGUGGGGAGGGGAGGUUACCCGUCACAGGGACCCUCACCCCUGUCGACUGAGGGUGAAUGGACACCCAGUGUGUGAACACAACCUUUGGCAGAGGACAGCUGGCUGCGUCCAUCCCAGGCACAACCAGGCGUGGGUGGUUGCCUCUCAGUCUGCCCGCGAUGUGGCUUCUAUGUUAACUGUGAACACUGUGUUGAAUUGAUGUUUUGUACAUUGUCGCUGCUGGCAUCUGUCCAGCAAUCCAACUUUCAAGGACACUGGAGAUUCUGUGGCUGAAGUUUUUAGAGUGUUACACAGACUUCAGGAAUUGAAGAACUGCUGGUUCUUGUAACAACUAGUGUGAUGUCAACAUUUAAUGAUACUGAGAGGAUUUGUAAUUAGAGAAAUCAUGUUUCAAGAUUCAA